AUGUCUUCAGUUUAACAUUAUCUAUUGAGAAAGUCUAUAACUUUAAAUAAAAAUGCAAACAUUUUUAUGACUUAACAAGAGAUUAAUGAACAAAGGUUAUAUAGAAAUGGAAAGAUAGUUCCAUAUUAUAUAGUUGGUAAACCUGAAAUCAUGGAUAAAAAAUAAAAUAUUGUAUAGCCAACAGAAGAUUCAACAAUAAAUAUAAAAAUAAAGCCUAUUAGUUAUAAAGAAUAUAAAUCUAAACUUUCAUAAUAAUAAUAAAAUAUAGAAUUAGAGGAAGGUGAAAUGAUUGAAUUUGAUAUGGAACUUGAUUAGGUUGAGAAUGAAAUUGAAUAGGUAAAGAAUAAAUAAAAAAAAAAUCACUUUUAACUUCCUUUAUAAAAUUUAAGUUAAGCUGAUAUAGCAGCAGCAAAUAAAGAUGAUAAAAUCAUGAAAUCAUUUGAAUAGUAAUAAAUUAGUUGGUAAAAAAGAGUGACAUAAUCAGCAUAAAGAUGUAAGAGAAAUGUUUCUUAAUCAAUUUAUAAUUAAAUAUAAGUAGAACGAUAAAAGAAUGAGGAUAGAAAUCUUUUAGAUUUAAUAUAAACAGAUGCUGAAAGACAUGGUAAUAAGUUAUGGGUAAUAAUGUCUUUACUUUAAGGAAAGAUAAUUAAGAUCAAGUUCAGAAGUAAUGAAAACAAAUUAAAAGAUUAAAGCCAAAGGAUUAGAAAUUAUAAGAUCAAUGAAUAAUUCAGGUGUAUAUAAGAGACCAAAGAGUUUUGUUUAAAGAUUUGAAGAAAGAUAGGAUAAAGUUAAUGAAUUAACUGCUAAAGGAAAUUCAAUAGAUAAUUUAUAAGUAGAAUUUAUAAUUAUUAAGAGGUCGAAGGAUUAAGUUAAUUGGCUAGAGAAACAUCAAGUCUAUGUAAGAUAAUCAAAGAUCAAAAAGAAAAGGAAUUAUAAUAAAAACUAAUCAAAAAUAAUACAUCAAAUGCUUCAGUAUCUCAAACUAGAAGAAAACAUAAAGCUACUUUUAAAAGAAUAGUUCCUGCUGAAAACUUAAAUCAUUCAUAGGAAAUCAUUUCUAUUAAUUAUGAUAAAUCAAUUCUUAGAUAAUAGGGAAAAUUGGAAAUUUAUAAAUAAUUUUUUUGA